AUGCAUGCGUCGGAAAGCCGCGCGCCGCCGCUGCGCGCGCCCACCGUCGCGUCACAAACGGAGAGGUCGCUCACCCCGGCAUCUCCCACCAUCCACCCAUCAUGGCGCCAGGUGUCGUUUGAGGAGCAGGCCACCGUGCUGCGGGAGAACCUGGCAGAGGUUCUGGAGAAAGAGGAGGAGUGGAGCCAGGCGGCGCAGACGCUCGCCGGCAUCGACCUCGAUUCAGGUGUCCGCAACGUGGACCCUGCGUACAAGCUGCGCCAGAACGUGCGCAUCGCCAUGCUGUACCUGGAGGAUGACGACCCCAUCAGCGCUGAGCAGUUCAUCAAGAAGGCCAGCAGCCUGAUGGGUGCGGCCAAGGACGAGCUUCCUGGAAGCUGCCAGCCGUUACUACGAGCUGUCGUCCUCGAGAGGAUCCUGCGCAGGGACGAGGUGGAGCUGUUUGGCGGCACCCUGAAGCCCCACCAGCGCGCGCUGCUGCCGGACAGCACCACCGUGCUGGACUGCGCGGUGAUGCAGCACAACCUGCUGGCGGCCAGCAAGCUGUACAACAACAUCUACGUGGAGGAGCUUGGUGCGCUGCUGGGCGUGACACCUGAGAGGGCGGAGCAGGUGGCGGCGGACAUGAUGCAGGAGGGCCGCUUGCAGGGCUCCAUAGAUCAGGUGGCGUCCCUGAUCCACUUUGCGGACCGCGAGGAGCCGCUGGUGCCGUGGGACGCGCGCAUCAAGGCGCUCUGCUGCCGCGUGAACGACAUAGUGGACGCAUUCACAGAGCACCCAGAGGCGUCGGCGAACGCGCGGGCUGGCGGCGGCGGGGGCGUGGGGGGCUGA